CAAGCUCGCGCGCGUCAAAUGCAUCGCGGUUAAACGCGGUAGAGUAGUCCAGCCUCAUCCUUAUUCUAACACGACAGCAGGCUGAUCUUGGGGUAAAAAAAGCACGGAUAAGGACGGAAACAAACCACGCAAAUGCAAUCUCGUUAACAGGUGUUUUUUUGGCGGCGCAUCUCUCUCUCUCUCUCUCUCUCUCGCCCUCUCUCUCUCGCCUCUCUCUCUCUCUCUCUCUCUCUCUCUCUCUAGCUCUGUGCCGCUGUUCCUCCCAUGUGAUGCUGUGAAUGUUUUGGUGGCAUCAUGUGAAACGCGUUUUGGGGCUGAUCUGGACUGAAAAAGAGCACGGGUUUCCAGGGGCUGUGUUCAGUGUGACGCGUUUUGGAGUGGAAGGCUGCAGGGAGUCGAAUGUGGACGCUGUGUUGAUCUUGAUUCCAGAAGAUUAAAAAUGCAUCAUUGGUGAAUCUGUGCGGAAAAGUGUAAACUCGAGUUAGACUUUACAGGAGCAACUUUGAGCCCCUUUUUUUCCCCACCACAACGACCGAUGACUGUUGCUCUGAAAUGCGAAGUUGGAUGUGAGCGGGUUAACUGUGCCGUGUAGAAAUCCGGCUGUGGAGGCUGAGGAGGGGUUGAAGUCAGCCUCUCUUUCGUUCUCUCUCGGCGCGCGCUUUUGGGCGUCUCGUCGCCACACUGGCUAUGGCGGCGGCGAUCGCCAGCUCCCUGAUUCGGCAGAAAAGGCAGGCAAGGGAGCGCGAAAAGUCCAACGCCUGCCGCUGCGCCAGCAGCCCGAACAAAGCUAAAAGUGCAUGCGAGAAACCCAGCCGCCUCAGCGUCUUCUCCCGGGUCAAGCUCUUCGGCUCUAAGAAGCGCCGGAGGAGACGACCAGAGCCCCAGCUGAAGGGGAUUGUGACGAAGCUGUACAGUCGGCAGGGCUUCCAUUUGCAACUCCAGGCAGAUGGAACCAUUGAUGGGACUAAAGAGGAGGAUAGCAGUUUCACUAUGUUCAACCUCAUUCCUGUCGGUUUGAGAGUGGUAGCCAUACAGGGCGUCCAGACCAAACUGUACCUGGCCAUGAACAGCGAAGGCUACCUGUACACAUCGGAACAUUUCACACCUGAGUGUAAAUUUAAAGAAUCGGUGUUCGAGAACUACUACGUGACAUAUUCCUCCAUGAUAUACAGACAGCAGCAGUCAGGCAGAGGCUGGUACCUGGGCCUGAACAAAGAAGGCGAAAUCAUGAAGGGCAACCAUGUAAAGAAGAACAAACCUGCCGCACAUUUCCUUCCCAAACCUUUGAAAGUGACCAUGUAUCGGGAGCCCUCUCUGCAUGACCUGACUGAGUUCUCACGUUCGGGCAGUGGCACGCCCACUAAGAGUCGGAGUGCAUCAGCCGUCCUUAACGGAGGCAAGGCUGUGAGUCAGAACGAGUCUACGUAGCCCCACUGCUUUGGCCCACUUACCCUACGCCUUCACCAAAACCUCCGGAUGCUCGUGACUUCACGCAGACUUCUCUCCAAACGAAAAAUAAAUGUAACAAAAAAAAAAAAAAAAAAACUUUGGUGGUUCAGAACAAAGACAGCUGAUAUAGCAAACAUCACAACUUCUUUUGAGCUAGGGUGAAGUUUGAUUGGUUUGUUUUGAAGUUAGACUGCUGUAGUUUUUGAACUUUUACUUUUUUCACCAUACCAACAGCAUCUUGCGUACGAGCACACCUUAAAAAUUGUAGCCUUUGAUAUUACAGGGCAUUAGCCCCACUCAGGUUGGUUCUAGCACCAAACUGAGGCAGGUUUUGUUUUGGUUUUGUUUAUGAGAAUCGUAAGAUGAUUUCAUCAAGGGCCUGAUAAAUCAAGUGAUGUCCUUUGUAAAAAAAAAAAAAAAGGUCCAGGCAGGGAGUGAGGGCUGUGACUACUUUUGUGCAGCAGUGGAGAAAACCUCACUGUCCAUUGUGUGUUUCAGUGUGGGAAGUUGUAAUGCAGAAUCGCAAGCAUUAGCUGGGCUGUAUAUGAAUACAUUGCAUCAGAAGACUGGCCCUCUCAACUAUGGAAUUCUAAAAGCCUAUAUUCUGAUUGCUUCAUCAAAAAAGGUAGAGUGCAGCCUGUCAGAUUCAGCAUAUGUGACUUAAUGCUGUUUACCAAUAGUUUGAAUUAGUUGUUAGCAUUCAUUUCUUUUCUGUCCUUUGUCUUUAGCUCACCACUUAAAAAAAAUAUCAAUGUUCUUCAUGGUUUUAUCAGUAAAUAGAGAUUCCAGCACACCAAAGACAGAAGUGUAAGAAAGUCCCUUUAAGAAGUCUAAACAUGACAGGAAAAGACUGACUUGUGGUUUUUGUUCCUUUUUUAUCUGAGAAAAGGUGUUUAUGGUGGGCCGCUUGCAUUGUAGCGGUGUGGGCACAGUAUUCUUGAAAAGUGCUUUUGUUGACAUGCAUUUGCCUUCAUGUUUCUUUGGGUUACAUUGUCUUCGUCUACGACCCCUCCAUAGUGUCUACCUUGCUUGCUCAUAUCUAUUCACUUUUUUGUCUGAACAUGGUCAAGAGUAAAGACUGUCAGUACAUGUUAUCCCAUUUCAAACCCCUGACUACAUUUUGUGUAUGAGUAGCUUAUUGUGGUGAUGGUUUUCUAUAUAAAGAAAGAAAUUCUGUGGAAUUUUAGGUGGCUUCACAUUUUAUAUGUCUUAUUUGUAAAAGUGAAAAAAAAAAAUCUUGAAAAAUAAGAAAAAGAAAAAAAGUCAUCUCUCUCUUGUACAGGGCAUGUACAAACCCAAGUUGUGUACGAAUGAAGACCCCUUUUUUGUGGGAUACUGUAUGUAUUCUUUCCCUCUGAAACAAUUUAAUCGAAAUCGCUUUGGGGGAUUCUCUUGGCUGUUUGUUUCUGGGCUUUUCUGUAUUUUUUUUAGGUGAACAUAUCUGUUGCAUGGGACACAUUGGGAAUUGGAGGACUAGAGCUGCAUGAUAUAGGCUAUGUGUAUUAAACUCACAUACAUGUUCUAAACUACCAGGGAUAAACCAGAAAUACCAUAUGUUCCUAUGGGUUCUAUGCCUGUUUACCUUCCAGUUGUUUCUUAUUUGUUGUAUACGCAAAAUGCACUGAAUAAAAUGUUUAUAUUAAGCUAUACUUUUAAAA